ACCAAAUCAUCGCAUUCCCAACAAAACCCAGGAAUAAAAUCGCAAAACAAAGAAAAUUUGACACUAUCUUGUGAGGGUUUUUGGUAGCCAUGGCUUCAACAUCCUCCACUACUCUCUCUAUCUCCUCUUUAUCUCCCCUUGUUGACGCCACGGCUCCUCGCCAAACAUCCCCACAAUGUGUCACUCUUCCCACGCUUCCUCCUCCUCCUGUUCAGUCUCAAAGCCGAGCGUCCAAGACCACGACUUAUUGUGGCAAAAUUGCUCGGAAUGUCAUGGCAAUGGCCACUGGGGAGGCUCCGGCUGAAGUUUCGGGGACGGAGUUGCCAGAUGUAGUUAAGAUAAUUCAAGAAGCUUGGGAUAAAGUGGAAGAUAAGUAUGCAGUGACUUCACUCGCGGUGGCCGGCGGGGUAGCUCUAUGGGCUUCCGCUGGGAUGGUCUCGGCCAUUGAUAGGCUUCCUUUGGUUCCUGGAGUUCUUGAACUAGUCGGCAUAGGCUACACUGGGUGGUUUGCAUACAAGAAUCUGAUUUUCAAACCAGAAAGGGAAGCAUUGAUUCAGAAAAUAAAAGGCACAUAUAAGGAUAUAAUUGGGACCAGCUAGAAGAUGCCAGUUAGAAGAAAGGCUGCUGAGAUGAGGUAAAAUUUCAGUUUCUGAAGCAAUUUUCAUUCAGCAGUGCAUGACGAGAUGUAAUGUGCUCGAUUUUUUCUGCAUUAAGUCUCUAACGUGAGUAAAUCAAUGUAAUUCUUCUUGAACACUAUAUGAUGCCCAAGAAAAACUUGCUUCUCUUACAUGAAAUAUCUUGAAGGACUACAUAAAAGUAACCCUCAUUCAUAUUUGCCAAAGCACCUGAGUUUCCCUCGUAAUAUAUGUGAUUCGUGUGGCUUACUUGAGCUAAAAUUAGA